GGGCAGUGCCGCGACAGGUGGCAUGCAUUUCCACAAUGCACUGCCCCGCAGAGGUAGCUGGAAAUAUUGGAAUCAAUAUUGCCACCUUCUACGGCUGCCUUCGUUCAUGGAUUCUAUCUAACUGCGGACAGAAUCCUCUUUGGGCCAAUUUGAGCAGCCGUUGCAUUCCACGACCGCCCAACACCAGCUAAUACUGACAACGGAAACAUCAGCAUUUGGCAAAGCCGUUCACUUUCUCGCACUUAUGUCUCAAGCUCAAGAAGAGAUAGAGUGGUUGAUCAGCCUUAACGACCAGCUCCACGCCGAUUUGGAAGAUUGCAAGGACCAACUCUUCGAAAUUCUGCAGAAAGAGAACGACGUCCCUGAACAGACAAUCAAGGAAGCCUUCACGACUAUACUCGAAGGUAUCGAGUACUGGAUUGAUGAAAUUUCCAGUCAUCGUCAUUUCGAUUUCAAAGAACAAUGGGCAAGAAACCUUCAGAAUAACAGGAAGGAAAAGCUUGCCGACCUUGGGCUUCAUCAACGGUGCCAUGACAUAACGUGGCAGAUGAAACUGGGAGAGUUGCCCAACUGUUACUUCGUUAUACUCUCCAUGGUGAUAGCAAAGACUAUCUUCGGAGAAAUUCUGAGCCACCAGGGAAUAUUCCCUGUCGGACUUCCACGCGGGCAUAUUGAUCUUGUGAAGGACCUACAGGGUAUAAUGGCAUCCGAUGAGCUCAGAAGAGAUCACACACAGAUAUCUAAAUGGCGAGGAGAAACAAUAUCAGCCAUGACAACCGCGGCCGAUUACCGAUCCUCGCUAGAAAAACGAUCUGACGAAAUUUUCAGGAAGCUGAAACACGACAUGCGCCCCUGGACCGGAGCAGAUGCUUUAACAGAGCACAGCGAAGGCCUUCGCCAAAAUGUCAUUGAUCCCGCAAUCAGCCUCUCGCGGAUGAUCGGCUGUGCUCACAAAGCCUACGCGCUAGAAUCCGAAAAAAUAAACCCAGGACCUGUGCCGAGCCACGCAUUGUCCUGGACUGUAAAGGAUAUACGCACUUGGAGAAAUAUACCCUCAAGAGACGUUGUUGGCACUUUCCACUGCCUAUAUCCAGGGAUUGUUCGAAAAGGAGGUGUUGGCCAAAACGAUCGACGGUUGGUCAGUCCAACCCUCCUCGGAUAUCGAAGCCCCGAACUUGAGCCCAUAGCUUCCCGUCCAAGCAGUCCAUCGAAACCAAGGCCAGAGACGCGGAGAACUGAGUCUGAGACAGCUGAUUCAAGGAACCCCCGCCCCUCUCGACGAUCAUCGCCACCCAAAUCUAUAUCUCGACCACUAUCGGAUACCGGAUCGCUAAAACAAAAACAUAAUUUUCUUGGCCGCAUAGGAUUGGCGUUGGGAAUCCCCUCAUCACAGUCAGGGGCUCAAUACCCCGAAGCCCCACCUCCCAACGAAAGGGGCCCAAGUAGCAGACGUGGAUCCUCGAAGCUCAAGCCCUCUUCCACAUGUUACGGGGAAACUGGCCCCUCCCGCGAGAACCCGGGAGAUCUGGCCGGUAUUCAUGAUCAUCCCGUCCUGCCAACAACUGAUCAUGGGUAUGUAGCUGAGCACGUCCAAUCACAGGCGGCGCACAUUGUGGAUGCUUCGCCGAGGGAUGAGUCCGUGGUUUAUUCCAAUGUGCGGUAUACGGAGGAACGUCAGACGGCGGCGGGUGUACGAACUAUGGCAAGUCUCGAUAGCGGUUAUUAGUAUCUAGAAUAAAAAUGAGCAUCAGGCAAGGGAGGGUCUGGAAGCCCGAGCUUAUUUCCAAGCCACAGAUGAGUUGGGUCAUUUCUUUGGGUCAAAGCUACUAUGAAAGGGGUAGAAGUCUGUGGAAUUGACUUGUUUGUUUUAUCAAGUCUGUCAUGAAAGGAGUUUGACUGUAGCUAUCUUAUCUGCCA